CAGCAGUGCGAGUGAAUUCCUUAGUCGAGUUGGUAUUCACAAUCUUUGAGUUAAUAUGGGAUACUGGAGCAGUGGACGUGAUCAAACCAAUCAACAAAAUGAUCUUGGUGCAACUUUGCGUGAUGGAAAAGAAAUACUUUUUCAGGCAUUCAACUGGGAGUCUCACAAAUACAACUGGUGGCAUAAUUUAGAAGGCAAAGUUGGUGACAUAGCUAAAGCUGGAUUCACUUCAGUGUGGUUGCCACCACCAACUCAAUCUUUCGCACCUGAAGGUUACACUCCACAGGACCUUUACUCUCUUAAUAGUAAAUAUGGUUCUGAGCGUCAGUUAAAAGCUUUACUUCACAAGAUGAAGCAAUACAAAGUCAGAGCAAUGGCUGACAUAGUUAUCAAUCAUCGUACUGGCACCACCCAAGGACAUGGAGGGAAAUAUAAUCGUUUUGAUGGAAUUCCAUUAGCAUGGGAUGAACGGGCUGUGACUUCAUGUACCGGAGGAUUGGGUAAUCGAAGCACAGGGGACAUUUUCCAAGGAUUUCCCAAUAUUGACCACACUCAAGAUUUUGUAAGAAAAGAUAUCAUUGGAUGGCUCCGCUGGUUACGCCAUGAAGUAGGCUUUCAGGAUUUUCGUUUUGAUUUUGCAAAAGGGUUUUCACCAAAAUAUGUGAAAGAAUACAUUGAAGGAGCAAAGCCAUUGUUCUCUGUUGGAGAGUAUUGGGAUUCAUGCAACUACAAGGGUUCAUUGGACUAUAACCAGGAUAGCCAUAGGCAACGAAUAGUCAAUUGGAUUGAUGGAACUGGACAACUUUCAGCUGCAUUUGACUUUACAACAAAGGGAAUUCUCCAGGAAGCUGUAAAGGGAGAAUUUUGGCGUUUGCGUGAUCCUCAAGGGAAGCCCCCGGGUGUGGUCGGGUGGUGGCCAUCAAGAUCCGUCACAUUCAUAGAAAAUCAUGAUACAGGCUCAACUCAGGGUCAUUGGCCUUUCCCGAAAGACCAUAUUAUGGAGGGGUAUGCUUACAUAUUGACCCAUCCCGGAAUACCAACCGUUUUCUAUGACCACUUAUAUGACUGGGGCAACUCAAUUCGGGAGCAAAUUGUGAAGUUGAUUGAUGUUCGCAAGCGUCAAGGUAUUCAAAGUAGAUCACCCAUUAGGAUUCUAGAAGCCAAGCACAACCUUUAUGCUGCAAUCAUCGGGGAAAAAGUGUGCAUGAAGAUCGGAAAUGGUUCAUGGUGUCCAUCUGGGAGGGAAUGGACACUAUCAACUAGUGGCCACAAUUAUGCGGUUUGGCACAAGUAAUGUUCCAUUAGCAUAACCUUUCUCCUCCGAGAGUACAUGAAAACGGGAAAGAAACUCUAUGUUUAUUCCAAAGCUCUAUCCUGCAUCUAGUUGGCUUUGGAAGCUCUUUCCUUCAACUUAAGUCUUACCCACUCAAAUAACAGUCACUUUUUACACAUGUACUAUGUAAUGAUAUAGCUGCUUUGUUUAUGUAAUAUUUAACAAUAAUACUAAGCAGCUUUGUUUAUGUCAUAAACCAAAUGUAAUAUUUGGGCAUUGUAAAAGUUUAUUUAAAUAGAAAUAUGUAUUAAAAAUAAA